AUGUUGCUGCUGCUGUGGCUGCCGCUCUUCCCGUCGGCGCUCGCCGCCCAGCCUUCGGCGCCCGACCCCAUUCCCGCUCCCCUGCGCGGGCUCGAGUUCGGCCAACUCAACUUCCUCCACACCACCGAUACCCAUGGCUGGUUGGCCGGCCACUUGCAGGAACCAUCGUACGCGGCAGACUGGGGAGACUAUGUAUCGUUCGCAACGCGCAUCCGGGAAAAGGUGGAGGCCCAGGGUCAAGACCUGCUGGUCAUCGACACCGGCGACCGAGUAGAAGGAAACGGCCUGUAUGAUUCGUCCGAACCCAAAGGCGUCUACAUCUCGGAGAUACUCCGUCACCAGCACAUCGACCUGUUGACAUCGGGAAACCAUGAACUGUACAAGCAGAACACAUCCGAGGCCGAGUUUUUCACCACCAUCCCCAACUUCCGAGGCAACUACAUCGCGUCGAAUAUUGAUAUCUUCCGUCCCGGAACGGAGGAGCUGGUUCCACUGGCCCCGCGAUACAAGAAGUUCACCACUAAACAACAGGGCAUCCGCAUCACGGCGUUCGGCUUCCUCUUUGAUUUUACCGGCAACAACAACCGGACCGUGGUACAGCUAGUCGAGGAGACCAUCAAAGAAGAUUGGUUCCAAGAAGCCAUUCGGGACAAGGACGUGGACUUGUUCCUGGUGAUCGGCCAUGUGCCGGUCAAAUCGCAGGAGUAUCAGGCAAUCUUCAAGGCAAUUCGGAGCAUUCGCUGGGGUAUCCCAAUCCAGUUUUUCGGUGGACAUCUCCAUAUCCGCGAUUACGCUCGCUACGAUGCCAAAGCGGUUGGUGUGGCAAGCGGCCGGUUCAUGGAGACCAUCGGUUUCCUGUCCAUCGACGGGCUCUCCACCUCCAAGCCUGUGUUCAAGCGCCGGUAUAUUGAUAACAAUCUCUUCUCCCUCCGUCAUCAUAGUGGGCUCGAUGAAUAUGAGUUCCCUACGGAACAAGGCCGAAACGUUUCGCGCCUCAUAGCCGAAUCGCGCAGUGCCCUUCAUCUGGAUGAGGUGCACGGCUGCGCUCCGCGAGACCUAUGGAUGUCACGGGUCAAGUACCCAAGCAAUGACAGUAUUUAUACCUGGUUAGAAUCGCAAGUGUUGGUGGAUUCGCUGAAGGACGAAUCUCGUGGUGAAACACCCGCGCUGGCCAUUAUCAACACGGGAGCCAUCCGGUUCGACAUUUUUCAAGGCCCAUUUACACAGGAUACAACAUUUAUUGUCUCUCCUUUCACGAGUGGAUUCCGUUAUGUGAAGGAUGUCCCAUAUGACAAGGCACAGCUGAUUGUGGAGAUCUUGAACAAACAACCCCAAAUUUUGCGCACUGCUCACUUUUCGCCUCUCACCACCUUGGCGCCUCCCGAGCAACUAGCUUACUCGAACGAUAUCGUGGCCGACCUGACUGUCGGUGCUUCCAAUCCACUGCAGGUCCCGCUGUCGGGCCAGGAACCGGAGCUCAUCCCCGGGUACACAACAAAAGAUGAUGCAGGCACUGAUGGCGAUGAUACCGUUCACUCACCCAUCUCCUUUUACCGGGUACCGAACUGCAUCCAGGCCCUGGUGGCUGCCAAUGCCUCUGCGGUGCCAGAGACGGUUGAUUUGGUCUACAUUGAUUUUAUCGAGCGACAUGUGGCGCUGGCCGCCAAGUUCGCUGGUCUGGACGUGAAUUUUACGCAGGAGAGCGAGGUGUACAUGCCGUCCAUGACCCUGACGGACCUCAUCUUGGACUGGGUGAAGACGUAUUGGAAAUGUGAGUGA